AUGGCCUGCGACAAAUGCGCAAAACCUACGGGUGACUCCGACAGCAUUCUUUGUCAAGGCCUGUGCAGCCUGGUGUUUCACCUAAAGUGUGCGGGGCUGCUUUCGUCGCACCUUAAGUCGAAGGCAGACAACAAAAAUCUGCUCUGGGUCUGUGACGAAUGUUGCAGACUUCUUAAAAAUGCCGCUUUUCGUCGCUCUUUGGGCAGCUACGAAUCCAUUAUCGCGGACAUGCGGACGAAUCAGGCUUCCUUAGUCGCAGAAGUGAAGUCGGAAUUUGCGACGACCAACCUGAAGCUGGACAAAAUUUUGAACGUUCGUCCCAACAUCAACCCAUCUCCUCGCAUCCCUGCUCCAUGGCCUAGCCUAGCUACUCCCACCAACAAGAGGCGACGAGUCGAGAACCCAACUGUCGCUCCUUGUGUGGCCUGUGACGUCGUUCAUGGCGACCCGCAGUUCUACACCUCGUGUGGCCCCGCAUCAGUGAUCGCCACUACAGAUGGUUCAUCAUAUAUGGACAACGGUGUGAAACGACACGAUCUGCCUGCUGGGAAAAGCGAUCAUCUCAACCUUUACUACCAAAACGUUGGUGGUAUCAACUCCUGCGUUAGCGAUUAUCUGCUAGCCUCAUCAUGCUCCUGCUACGAUAUUAUCGCUCUAACAGAGACCUGGCUGAACGAUAGAACCCUGUCUAGUCAAGUCUUCAGCUCUGACUACACUGUGUUCCGUUGUGACAGAGGUCCCAACAACAGCACGAAAUCCACAGGUGGUGGAGUUCUGAUUGCUAUCCGAUCCACUCUUUCAGCCAUCCCCAUCUACGACGAAUCAUGGAACGAUCAAGAAUUCGUAUGGACCCGUAUCGAUCUUGGCACGAAAAAACUCUACGUUGGGGUUGUGUAUCUGCCUCCUGAUCGUACUAGAAAUGCAUCUUUCGCUGAUUCCUUUUCCAUCGGCCUUUCUAAAUUGUGUUCUCUCACGCUUCCUGAAGACGACAUCGUUAUCAUCGGGGACUUCAACCUACCAGGACUCAAGUGGAUUCCCUCGCAAGGCAAUUUCUUGUUUGCCGAUCCAACCAGAUCUUCGUUUACGGUGCCUUCCAAUACGAUUCUCGACUCUCUAAGCACGGCAACUCUCCGCGAGAUCAACAGCAUAGAGAAUGAAAAUGGUCGCAUGCUCGAUCUCUGCUUCAUCAGUGACGGACCCCAAUUGGCUACGAUUGAAGAGGCUCCUACGCCCUUGGUCAAGGUUGUUCCUCAUCACCCUGCUCUGCUGCUUUCACUUGAUAUUCCUAGAGCUUUUGCCCACAUCCAAAAACCUGGUCAAUUCUUUCUCGACUUUAAGAACGCUGAUUUCGUCGCUGUUUCACAAACGCUCGAUGCUAUCGACUGGGAAACUGAACUGGAAUCUUCCGAUCCGAACGCUGCAGCUAUGAAAUUUUCCCAUAUAAUCAAUUACAUCAUCGAUCGUCACGUACCGAAACGCUCAUCAGUUUCUAACCUACGAGCUCCUUGGGUAACGAAAGAACUGCGACAAAUGAAAACGCUCAAGAAUAAAGCUCUCCGUUAUUACACUAGGCACAAAACUCUCCGCGCUAAAAAUGAGUAUUGCAAACUCAACUCAGCUUACAAAAAACUAUGCUCACGCUGCUACCAGAGCUACUUAAUUCGGAUACAGCGAGGUUUCAAAACAAAACCCAAAUCAUUUUGGCAGUACAUCAAGGACCAGCGGAAAGAAUCCGGCCUACCGCCCUCCAUGUUUCUGGAUGAUAAUUUAGCGACUUCGGAACCUGAAAUCUGUGACCUCUUCGCUGACAAAUUCCGUAGUGUAUUUGACUCAAACUCAAUAUCCUCGGACCAAGUUACCAGCGCGGCUUGUAACGUCCCUCAUUUGAACACAUGGCUGAAUCAAAUUGUUGUAGACGACGAUAUUAUUUUGAAAGCGACCGCUAAGCUGAAACACAGCCUUUCCGCAGGACCAGAUGGCAUACCAGCUACCUUCUUGAAGCGAUAUAUAUCACAUAUGCUGAUACCUCUAAAAAUAAUCUUCCAAGUUUCACUCGAUCAGUCUACGUUCCCAUCCUUAUGGAAAGAGGCCUAUAUGUUUCCGGUGCACAAAAAAGGGGACAGGCGAAAUGUGAACAACUAUCGUGGCAUUUCUGCCUUAUGUGCGAUAGCCAAAUUGUUCGAGCUGGUUGUUUUGGAACCCAUUUUUUCGUAUUGCAAGCCUUAUUUCUCAAAUGAACAACAUGGAUUUAUGCCCAAGCGCUCUACGACUACAAACCUGUUGACAUUCACGUCUAAUGUGCAAGACAGUUUUGCCAUGGGAUCUCAAACCGACGUCAUCUACACUGAUCUGUCAGCUGCUUUCGACAAGGUGAACCAUUCCAUAGCCAUCGCCAAACUCGAUCGUAUUGGUAUCUGCGGGUCUCUACUGGAAUGGUUCCGCAGCUACCUGGUAGGACGAAAACUCAUUGUUCGAAUAGCUAUCGAUAUGAUGUCGUUGAAUCAGGCCGAUGUGAUGAUUUCUGCUGUUCUUCAGUGUAAACAAGACCCAUUUGUUGCUGUUUCUAACUCGACGCUACGGGAUGCAAGCGACUUCGGUUAA